UGGGCGGGGCCUUCUCCAAGUAGUAGAGGAAGCAGAUACCCAGAUAGGAAAUCUAGCAUAGCAACAAGUUAGAGAUAACUGUUCAGGCCACGUGAGCUGUAACAGACUUGCGUCCUGACAUCGUGGUUGUUGUCCCCGAAUCAGGUAUGCAUGUAGGGAGGGGUGUCAAAGCUUGAGGUCAAAUGCGAAGUCAAAAGUGUCCCCAUCUGAUCUUUUGGUCCAGCUUGGAUUGCAGAAUCUGGCACUGGUUACCCAACAGAGGCGGCGGUGCUCCUAGCGAGGAGAGCGCAGAUGCUCUGCUGAGAGAAUAGGCACACAACAGCAUUGUAGACACAUUCCCGCUGCACUCUGGGUAAAUAAAGAUUGGGUGCCGGAGUCGACUCUAAUUUAGAUGCCUGCAAACGCUGCGCACACGCACACGUGUCCGAGUCUCCCUGGCACUUGUUCCCCUCUUCCUUCGCCGCGUGCGCGGAGGAGGUCUUAGGGGCGUGGCUCCCAUACUCAGCCGGCUGGAGGUCAAAGCGAAACAUCAGUUUAGGAAGGCAUCCAUUCUCCUCUUAGAACCACCUUUCCUGCAUACUACGAUUCCCCAAGCUAAUACAAGCAACCUCUCCAUCCAUCCUUGCUCCAAGGAGCGCUGGUGGGAGGGACCGAGGAUGGGCGUGGCUUGGAGACCCAGCGCGUAAUCUCAGACUCUAUACCUAGGGUGGUGGGUGUUUGGGCAGGGCCUCUCAGCAUCCCUCCCCUCCUUCGCCAGGGAUGACGCGGGAGAGCGUGGUCGCCCCCAGAAAGCUUUAGACCAUUAGGCCGACCUUUACGUAGACCUCUCCCCCAUGGGGUACCGCUCUUGCCUGGCUAGCUCGCCUGCACUAAGGCCCGGAACAACCCAGUGCGCGCUCGCCUCCUGUCAGCUCGCCCCCCAUCACCGCCUCUGUCACCGCCCCCUCCUUGGAAACCAAGUUACCAACGUUUAAACCAAUCCCUGGGCGCAAUUCUGCCACCCCCACACUCCACCCGCUGCGCGGCGCGGUCCUCCCAGCCCGGCUCUCCAUCACUCGCGCUCCCCUCGCCUUCUGCGCUCUCCCCUCCCCGGCAGCGUCGGCAAUGCCGGGGCCUUCGCCAGGGCUGCGCCCAGCGCUCCUCGGCCUCUGGGCUGCCCUGGGCCUGGGGAUCCUAGGCAUCUCAGCGGUCGCGCUAGAACCUUUCUGGGCGGACCUUCAGCCCCGCGUGGCGCUGGUGGAGCGCGGGGGCUCGCUGUGGCUCAACUGCAGCACUAACUGUCCGCGGCCGGAGCGCGGUGGCCUGGAGACCUCGCUACGCCGAAACGGGACCCAGAGGGGUCUGCGCUGGCUGGCUCGGCAGCUGGUGGACAUCCGAGAGCCUGAGACCCAGCCGGUUUGCUUCUUCCGCUGCGCGCGCCGCACACUCCAAGCGCGUGGGCUAAUCCGAACUUUCCAACGACCGGAUCGGGUAGAGCUGAUGCCGCUUCCUCCGUGGCAGCCCGUGGGCGAGAACUUCACCUUGAGCUGCAGGGUCCCGGGAGCAGGACCCCGAGCGAGCCUCACGUUGACCCUGCUGCGGGGCUCCCAGGAGCUGAUUCGCCGCAGUUUCGUAGGCGAGCCACCCCGAGCGCGGGGUGCGAUGCUCACCGCCACGGUCCUGGCGCGCAGGGAGGACCACAGGGUCAAUUUCUCAUGCCUCGCGGAGCUUGACCUGCGGCCACACGGCUUGGGGCUGUUUGCAAAUAGCUCGGCCCCCAGACAGCUCCGCACCUUUGCCAUGCCUCCGCUUUCCCCGAGCCUUACAGCUCCCCGAUUCUUAGAAGUGGGCUCAGAAAGGCCGGUGACUUGCACGUUGGACGGUUUGUUUCCUGCCCCAGAAGCCGGGGUUUACCUCUCUCUGGGCGAUCAGAGGCUUCAUCCUAAUGUGACGCUCGAUGGGGACAGCCUUGUGGCCUCUGCCACGGCUACAGCAAGCGCAGAACAGGAAGGCACCAAACCGCUGAUGUGCGUCGUGACCCUCGGCGGCGAAAGCAGGGAGACCCAGGAAAACCUGAUUGUCUACAGCUUCCCGGCUCCUCUUCUGACUUUGAGUGAGCCAGAAGCCCCCGAGGGAAAGAUGGUGACCGUAAGCUGCUGGGCAGGGGCUCGAGCCCUUGUCACCUUGGAGGGGGUUCCAGCUGCGGUCCCGGGGCAGCCCGCUGAGCUCCAGUUAAAUGUUACAAAGGACGACGACAAGCGGGGCUUCUUCUGCGACGCUGCCCUCGACGUGGACGGGGAAACUCUAAGAAAGAACCAGAGCUCCGAGCUUCGUGUCCUGUACGCACCUCGGCUGGAUGACAUGGAUUGUCCCAGGAGCUGGACGUGGCCAGAGGGUCCAGAGCAGACCCUCCACUGUGAGGCCCGUGGGAACCCCGAGCCCUCGGUGCACUGUGCAAGGCCCGACGGCGGGGCGGUGCUAGCGCUGGGUCUGCUGGGGCCAGUGACGCGUGCCCUCGCAGGCACUUAUCGAUGUACGGCAGUCAAUGGGCAAGGCCAGGCGGUCAAGGACGUGACCCUGACCGUGGAAUAUGCCCCAGCGCUGGACAGUGUAGGCUGCCCAGAACGUAUUACUUGGCUGGAGGGAACGGAGGCAUCGCUCAGCUGUGUGGCACACGGGGUCCCACCGCCGAGUGUGAGCUGUGUGCGCUCUGGAAAGGAGGAAGUCAUGGAAGGGCCACUACACGUGGCUCGGGAGCACGCUGGCACUUACCGAUGCGAAGCCAUCAACGCCAGAGGAUCGGCGGCCAAAAACGUGGCUGUCACGGUGGAAUAUGGUCCCAGUUUUGAGGAGUUGGGCUGCCCCAGCAACUGGACGUGGGUAGAGGGGUCUGGAAAGCUGUUUUCCUGUGAAGUUGAUGGGAAGCCAGAACCACGUGUGGAGUGCGUAGGCUCGGAGGGCGCAAGCGAAGGGAUAGUGUUGCCCCUGGUGUCCUCAGACUCUGGUCCUAGAAACUCUAUGACCCCCGGUAACCUGUCACCGGGCGUUUACCUCUGCAACGCCACCAACCGGCAUGGCUCCGCGGUCAAAACAGUCGUCGUAAGCGCGGAGUCGCCGCCACAGAUGGAUGAAUCCAGUUGCCCAAGUCACCAGACCUGGCUGGAAGGAGCUGAGGCUACCGCGCUGGCCUGCAGUGCCAGGGGCCGCCCCUCUCCACGGGUGCGUUGCUCCAGGGAGGGUGCCUCCAGGCUGGAGAGGCUCCAGGUGUCCCGAGAGGAUGCGGGGACCUACCGCUGUGUGGCCACCAACGCGCAUGGCACGGAUUCGCGGACAGUCACUGUGGGUGUGGAAUACCGGCCUGUGGUGGCUGAGCUGGCAGCGUCGCCCCCAAGCGUGCGACCAGGCGGUAACUUCACGCUGACCUGCCGUGCAGAGGCCUGGCCUCCAGCCCAGAUCAGCUGGCGCGCGCCCCCGGGGGCUCUCAACCUCGGCCUCUCCGGCAACAACAGCACGCUGAGCGUGGCGGGCGCCAUGGGCAGCCAUGGCGGCGAGUACGAGUGUGCAGCGACCAAUGCGCAUGGGCGCCACUCACGGCGCAUCACGGUGCGCGUGGCCGGUCCAUGGCUGUGGGUCGCUGUGGGCGGUGCGGCAGGGGGCGCGGCGCUGCUGGCCGCAGGGGCCGGCCUGGCCUUCUACGUGCAAUCCACCGCUUGCAAGAAGGGCGAAUACAACGUGCAGGAGGCCGAGAGCUCAGGCGAGGCGGUGUGUCUCAAUGGCGCGGGCGGGACGCCAGGUGCAGAAGGCGGAGCAGAGACCCCGGGCACUGCCGAGUCACCUGCAGAUGGCGAGGUUUUCGCCAUCCAGCUGACAUCUUCCUGAGCCUGUUCCCAGCGCCCACAGGGGCCUCGCAAGCGCAGGGGUAGACGUAUGUAUUGUUCGCUCUCUAUUUAUUCAGCUCCAGGGGCGUCGCCUCCAUUUCCUACCCAUUCCCUUCAAUAAAGUUUUUAUAAAGGA